CUCUUUAAACGGUCUUUUUGUACAUUCUUUUGCUAGGAAAUGGGAUCAAUGGCGAAAGUUCCCGCCAAGCGUACUCGCGAUCAAUUUCAAGACUUCGAAGGGCUAUUGAAUAACUUACAGGAUUGGGAAUCAUCGUUCAAGGACACAGACAACAAAUUGAAAUCACAAUCAGUUGGCAAGAACAAGUUGGAUCUUCCAGCUCAGAGACAUAGCAUGAAUAGUGCUAGUCAACAUUCUAAUGGCACUGGAGUUAAUGUGAAACAACCAGUGGUAGAAGUAUGGCUUCUGAUAAUUUAGGUUCUGGCAGACAAUAUGAUUAUUUGAAAGGCUACGACGCAAUCCUUCAUUCAUCAGGUGGUUUAACGGUGGAAGAAUCUGUGGAUGCCAAUUCAGAAAACGAGUUGGGUAAUGAGUUUUUCAAGCAGAAGAAAUUUGAUGAAGCAAUAGCCUGCUACUCCCAAAGCAUUGCUUUCUCACCAACUGCAGUAGCUUAUGCAAACAGGGCUAUGGCUUAUAUCAAAAUCAGGAGAUUCCAGGAGGCUGAGAAUGAUUGUACGGAGGCCUUAAAUUUAGAUGACUGCUACAUAAAGGCAUAUUCUCGUUGAGCAACAGCUAGAAAAGAACUUGGGAAACUGAAAGAAUCCAUUGAUGAUGCUGCAUUCGCUUUGAGAUUGGAGCCACACAACCAAGAGAUCAAGAAGCAGCAUGUGGAAGUCAAAUCUUUGUUGGAGAAGGAGAUAAUUAAGAAGACUUCUAGAGCAGCGGCAGACUCUUCAUGGGGAGUACAGAGAGCGGGAGAGUUGAAGGUGGACAAGAGCAAAUCUAUUCACGAAGUCGAAUCUGUCUCGACAACUUCUCCUGCUGGAGGAGUGGAUGACAUGGAUAAUUCCCAGGAUAGAGAACAACCUUCAAAGACAUCUCUGGAAGUCGAAAGCAGUAGUUUGAGAACCCUCGGAUCUGAUGCGGGCACUGGUUUGGGGACUGUAAAGAGUAAACACAAAUAUGGAAAGCAAGAACUGAAGGCAUCCGUGCAAGAGCUUGCUGCCAGAGCUGCUAAUCUCGCCAAGGCAAGCUGCAAAACAUAUUGCCGUGGCAGAUUCAGCUUAUCAGUUUGAGGUUUCUUAGCGGGGACUUUUGGGUGACCGUAAUCUACAGGCUCGCUUAUUGAAGGGCAGAUAUGGAUUUAGGUGUAAAAUACUUGGAGAAGUUAACCAAGGUCCCCAGAUUUGACAUUGUCAUCAUGUGCCUUUCACCAUCGGAUAAGGCUGAUCUUCAUAAGAUGUGGGACGAAGUAUUCAGCAAGGGAAAUCUAGACUGCAGAGAAUCUUGGUAAUCUGCGCUCGAAGUUUGGUGUAAAACAAUGAUGGGAAUUGUGCUUUGGAUGACUGAUUUCAUUCCAAGUUUUGGUCAAUUUCUUUGAGGCAAAUCUCUUAAGCGUUCGAGCUGGAAAACAAGUUAUCGUCGCUUAAAGUACCUUGUUACUUGCAGAUGUAUGAUAAAACUACUUGAACUUCUUUGGUGCAGAAAUCACGAGGCUGGUACAUUUUGAUGCACACUUAGAUUUCAUUUUAAAUUGAUCUAUGCGUCAUUGUUGUAAAUGUCUUAUUUCUACAUUUUUUCUGAAUUUGUCUAAUGGGAACUUCUUUUCUCGGGCUGAA